GUUGGUGGGCCGCGCUCCAGCCUACUACCUACAAGUACAGUACCGGUGCCAGGCGCGCGCCCCAGAAUCUUCCUUCAUCCGCCCUUCGAUACCCAACCAUAGAUCCAUACUUGACCGUUCGAGGAAACGACGGUCCGCUCGACCUUUCCACUACACCACCAGUUACGCGGUCGCGGAGUCGCGGUUGACUCUGCCGCAUCAACGUCGAGUACUAUAACCUUGGGGCGGACAGGCCUCCGUGCCCAUUCCCAUACACUUUCGACAUUCCGCCACCUUCCCCCAUCUCCCUUGUCCACUCGAUGAGUUAUACCACUACGGACACAUCGCCGAGCACCAUGGCGGCUAAUUCACGACGCAGUCGGCUUACCGAUUACACCGGCAUGCCUAACGGAAGUCACGGCUCGCAGCAAGGGCUCGGGGACCACAACCCACAACAAGGGUUAGGAAACACAAUCCUCUCGGGCUUGCCACCGUCAAGGCCAUGGAACAACAGCACUCCUGGAAGCUUUGCCAAUACCCGGCCCGUGGCGACGCCCAGAGAUGCGAUGAAUCCGUUCGGCACUGUUGGCUUAGGCUCCGCUGCCCUCACUUCCGUCGCCGACCUUGACACCUGGGGCUCGUCUGCCUACUGGAAUCCGGCCGCCGAUACCACACAAACACGCAGCCUCUCGGGUAACACAUCGCCGCGAAGCAAAUCCGAGGCCUCCACCAACGAUACCAAUGGCGGUCUCUCUCGACUCUUCCCGGGCGCGCCGACCAUGGCCCAGAGGGCUCCGGUCGGCUCGAAGCCCCCAGCUACGACGACGGUGGAUUCCUCUAACGGCAACUUCAAGUACCCUCUUGGGUUCCCAGGCUACGCGGAAGAGGGAGACGGAGAACAUUUUACGAACAUGGAGCGGAAGUUCGACAAUACGUUCGCACCGCGCGCAAUAGGCGCCCCACGCCAGGCGCAUGACCCAUCCCUAAACGCAGUUGGAAGCGGACCUUCACGCAAGUCGAUAUCCGGACUCGCCGGCUCGGACGCCCCUGGGCAGACCAACGCUUUCAACCUCAACGACAUAUACGGAUCCGCGGCUCCUGGGUAUCAUUCUCAUCGGCCGUCUCUCGCCGGCUCCACGCUGUCAACACAUCACAACAUGGGCUUCGAUCAGAGUGCCGAGCGCCAAAAUCAUGCCCAGUUAGUGGAAUCGUUGGGGAUGAUGGCGCUUGAUAAUGCUCCCAACGGGUCCACGAAUGGCUUACAAGACGCACUGCCCUAUGACAAUGGUGCCCAGAACUUCCAGUUCAACCCCGGCUCGCAGUCAUGGGAGAACGGGCAAGGGUACGACAACGGCUAUGUGAAAAACACGUACGCCAACGGCUCCGGUCUCGAUAAGCGAGGCUCCAUAACCGGCCGGAACUCGCCAGCGGGGAGCGCUUACCGUGCUGGUGGUGGAUUGAACAGCCCCAGGGGCUUCGCGGCAACUCCACAGCCUAGCGAUGCAUGGUCGCGACCGACAUCGCGGGACCCGAGGAUGCCUGCGGAGCUCGCUCGGCGAGGGCUUGGCGAUGCCUUCGUUCAGCAGCCGGCAACCUCUUUCUUCAACAACCUCUUCUACCAGCAAAACUUCUCGCCAAUCCAGGCCGCCUACGCACAGUACGGCGACCCGAGAACAAUGGGGGCAUACGGCCUUGCUCUUCCGCCUUACGGCCUUGGUCUUCCUGGAGUUCCGACUCGUCCAAUGAGGGACCAGGCGCCGGGAAACAGCUUCCGAAGCGCCCUCCUUCACGAGUUCAAGCACAGCCCUAAAUCAAAACGCUGGGAGCUCAAAGACAUUUGGGGUCACAUUGUCGAGUUCAGCGGUGAUCAACAAGCAUCCCGCUUCAUACAGCAGAAGCUCGAGACGGCCAAUAGCGAUGAGAGGGAUCAGGUCUUCGCGGAGAUCGAGAAGAACGCAAUCCAGCUGAUGAAAGACGUAUUUGGCAAUUACGUGAUGCAGAAGCUGUUCGAGUAUGGAGAUCAGGUCCAAAAGAAAGUCCUGGCUAGUGCCAUGAAAGGCAAGGUAGUCGACCUAUCAAUGCAGCCGUAUGCCUGCCGGGUAGUCCAAAAGGCCCUCGAACAUGUACUGGUCGAGCAGCAGACCGAGCUAGUGAAGGAACUGGAAUCGGACCUUCUCAAAGUCGCCAAGGACCAGCACGGAAACCAUGUGAUUCAGCAGGCCAUCGUUCUGGUGCCCCGCGAACACAUCGACUUCAUAAUGACGGGUUUCAAGGGCCGCGUCUACGAGCUCGCUUCUCACCAAUUUGGAUGCCGGGUCAUUCAGAGGAUCUUAGAGCACGGAACCGAAGCAGACAAGGCCGCAUUGAUGGUGGAGCUGCACAACAGCGCCCAAUCGUUGGUGACGGAUAUGUACGGCAACUACGUCAUCCAGCACGUCCUCGAGAAAGGACGGCCCGAGGACCGCGCAAAGAUGAUCGGAGUCGUCACGCCCCAGCUCCUGAUGCUCUCAAGGCACAAAAACGCGUCGAACGUGGUGGAAAAGUGCAUAAUGCUUGGUACUCCGGAAGAACAACGGGCCAUCAGGGACAAGCUGAUGGGAGAGGAGCCCAACAGCCCCCUGUUCCAGUUGAUGAAGGACCAGUUUGGAAACUACGUAAUUCAAAAACUCGUCAAGGCACUCCAGGGCCAAGACCGGAUGGUGCUGGUCAACAAGCUGGCAUCGCACCUCCAGUCUCUCAGAAAGUCUGGGGCCACCAGCAAGCAGAUCGAAGCCAUGGAGCGUCUGGUCGCCGAGUCCCAAGUCCCCGCAUCUGCAGCUGCCAGCAACACUCCUACCCCAUCCUCUUCAGCACCAACAUCACCUGGGUUGCACGUCGAUGUCCAAUCGGCCGCGCCAACCCCAAACUUGACCAUGGAUCCUAACAGCCCACUAAGCACCCCGUCGAGCAGCCCACCAUUCUUGAAUGGGGAGGCUGUCGACCAUGCCAAUGGGCAGCCAGCCAGCAAAGAAGCCGCUUCUCACGGUUCAUAGCAGUGCUGAAACCAGACACCAUGUGUUCAUUUUCUGUCAUGCACAAAUACGCACACGGAACGAUUGUUCGUUUCACGACGGCUGGAUCAG